AUGUUGUCAUUCAGAACUCUUAUUUCUUCAGCUGUUUUAAUCACAAAUGCUUUAGCUGCCGUAAACACUGCUGCUUCCAAUAACGUUGCCUUAUACUGGGGUCAAAAUGGUGCCGGUGGUCAAGAAAGAUUAAGUACUUACUGUGCUGAAUCUGAUGUUGACAUCGUCGUUUUAUCUUUCUUAAAUGAUUUCCCAGAUCCAUUAAAUGUUAACUUUGCCAAUCAAUGUGGUAACACUUUUGAAGACGGUCUUUUGAAUUGUGCUCAAAUCGGUGAAGAUAUUCAAACUUGUCAAGCCGAAGGUAAAACCGUCUUAUUAUCAUUAGGUGGUGCUUAUGGUACUUAUGGUUUCAACAAUACUGAUCAAGUUCAAGCUUUCGCCACUACCUUAUGGAACAAAUUCGGUGCUGGUUCUGACCCAGAAAGACCAUUCGGUAAUGCUACCGUUAAUGGUUUCGAUUUCGAUAUUGAACAAGGUACUUCCCUUGGUUACACUCAAUUAGCUGAAGAUUUAAGAACUUUAUAUGCUACUGACCCAUCUCAAACUUAUUACUUAUCAGCUUCUCCUCAAUGUCCUUUCCCAGAUCAAUACGUUGGUGAUGCUUUAUCUUCAGCUGAUUUUGAUUUCGCUUUUAUCCAAUUCUAUAACAAUGAUUGUUCAUUAGAUGCUACUUUCAAUUAUGAUACUUGGUCAGCUUUUGCUCCAACUUCAGGUAAUGCCAACUUAAAAUUAUUCGUUGGUUUACCAGCUGAUCCAACUAUUUCUGGUUAUGCUGAUCCAGCCACCAUUGAAGCUGCUUUAGAACAAAUCAAAUGUGACCCAACUUUAGCUGGUAUUUCCUUGUGGGAUGCUUCUGGUGCUUGGUUAAAUGUUGAUGCUGCUGGUGACAACUUUGUUGUUCAAGUUAAAAAUAUCUUAAAUGCUGAACAAUGUCCUGCUCCAUCUUCAUCUUCAUCAUCUGUUGUUUCAUCAUCCACCGUUGCUUCUUCAUCCACUGUUGUUUCUUCAUCCACUGUUGUUUCUUCAUCCACUGUUGUUUCUUCAUCAUCAUCUCUUUUCUACGGUAAUGCUACUACUUCCGCUCCAUUAACUACCGAAACUUUAACUGUCUCAGAUCUUAUCACAACUGUUGUCACUAUAACUAGUUGUUCUGAAAAUAAAUGUUCUGAAACCGCCAAAACUACCGUUAUUACCAAUGUUGAAACUCUUUACACUACUUACUGUCCAGAAAGUGGUAAAGAAACUGAAACCCCAGUUGCUCCAGCUACCCCAGCCACUUCAUCAGCUCCAGCUGCUGUCGUUGCUAGUAAGGUUUCAUCUGGUGUUCCAGAAGUUGCUCCACAAGAAACUUCAUCUACUGUUGCUCCAGUUGUUACUGUUGUUCCAGUUGUUUCUGCCGAAGUUGAAGGUACUUCAACUCAAUAUGUUACCCUUAACAUCUACUCCACUGUUUCUGCUGCCGGUAAUGGUUCCGCUCCAGCUGAAGUUCCAACUUAUGAAGGUGCUGGUUCAAGUAUCUCCAUUGCUUGGUCAUUAGCUAUUCCAUUAGCUAUUGCUGCUUUCCUUUAG